AUGGGGUUUGUGGACAACAUGAUGCAAGCUAAAUCGACGAACGUGGUGUCAUCGUCCGGCAGCAGUGCUUCCCGCGGCUGUGUUGGUGGUCGUGGCGAUGGUGGUGGUGCUAAGUUUAAGGCGCCGAGGGUUUGGUGUGUUAGGCGUUAUCCGCCAAAUUGUGGGCCUCGCAGUCUUCCCAGACCAGGUGGGUUAGCAGGAGUCUCUAAUGUUGGCAAUGGUGAUAAUGAUCCCGGUGGACUUUCUGCAAAUAAGAUUGAAUCUCCGGAUUUAGGACCAGAUGAUAACUUGGGAUUGUCAAGUUCUGGCGUUAUAAAUCCACUGCUCUUGGAGAGAUGCAGUAAUGAUGUUCGUGAUGAUUUUGCUGGACAUCCUGCGGCUAAGAUUGAAUCCCGUGAUUUAAGAAUGUCAGAAAAUUUGGGCGGGACAGAUAUUACUGGGAAAAUGCAUGAUGUCAAAUCCAAGUUGGAGAGUCCUACAGUGUCACCUGAUCAUAUGAAUGGACGCUUAGCAGAUAUGCCGGAAUCUGUCGGUACUUCACUAUCAGAGUCGCGGAAUGUUGCAGCGAUGAGUGGACCAGUAGAAGCUCUAAAGGAUGAUGUUAUUGGUUCACCACAAGAUUCCUCCAACGAAGAUGUUAGUGGUUCAUUCAAAGCAUCUACCACGCAUAAAUAUCCUCCGAGGAGAAAAUUUUCAGCUGUUAGGCGCUUCCCACCAAACUGUGGAAGAAAUGUUAAACCUCCUACUAAGCAAGAACUAGAGAAAGUUGUUGCUCCGGAAGAGGUUAAAGAUGUUAGUAUGGAUGGCGGAGCUCACAAGGGCAGGUCUGAAAGCAAUGUUCUGGAACAGAAGCCUGUGAAGAUUCGUUUGAAAGUGAAAUAUUCUACUGAGAAAGCAACAAAGAGUGGAGAUGAUGUUGGUCAAGAAUGUGGACUUGAUAGAGGCAUUCGGUCGCCUUAUCAGAUUGGGGAAAGGUCCAAGGUAGUCCAUAUGUCUGAUAACAAAGGAGAACUGAAGGGGCACUUGCAGAAGGUUGCUUCCGAAAGACACAGUACAAAGCUAACUGUCCCUAAAGAGUUUGAUGAUCUCAAGGUUGCACCAAAAAGGGCGGCGGUGUUUGGUCAUAUGGCCUCAACUGGCCAUUCCUCGACCAAGGGUAAUAACCUACUCAGUGAUGGAAGCCAAAGGAGCAGUAGUAACAAAAAACAAGUUACAGCACAAGAACAAAGAAAACCAAUUACCUCGUCCAAGGUAAAACCAUCAUGUAAACCCAUAAGACAUGAAUUUUCUAGGGCGGAUGAUAAACUGGAUGAUACAGAGGAUAAUGAGAAAUGUGUUGGUUCCCAAUUAGUUAGGAGGAGGACCAAUUUAAGUGUUAACCUGACUCCUUUCGGAACUACCACUGCCAAAGGCACCAACAGUGCCAGAAAAAAGGUGAGGGAAGUAUUACGCUUAUUCCACAUUAUUUGUAGGAAGUUGGUUCAUGAAGCAGAAACUAACCCCAACAAAAGAAAAAUUCUCAAGCGCGUUGACUGUCUGGCCGCCAAAGAGCUGAAAAGUAGAGGAAUGUGCCUCAAUGAAGGCCGGCGUAUCAUUGGAGCUUUUCCAGGAGUUGAAGUUGGUGAUGAGUUUCUGUACCGGUUUGAGCUUAACAUCAUUGGUUUUCAUCGCCACACUCAAGCCGGUAUUGAUUGUAUGCAGCAAGGCCAAGAUUUAUUAGCAGUCAGCAUUGUAGCAUCAGGUGGAUAUGAGGAUAACUUAGAUAGCUCAGAUGUCUUAGAUUACACAGGGCAAGGUGGGAACUCUAGAGAUAAGGAAGCUGAAGAUCAGAAGCUUGAAAAAGGUAAUCUUGCUUUGAAGAAUAGCAUCAAGGCAAAGAACCCUGUAAGAGUGAUUCGUGCAGAAAUGAAAUUGUCGAAGGUUUAUGUAUAUGAUGGUUUAUACACUGUGGAAAAGUAUUGGCAAGAGCCAGGGCCACAUGGUAAGCUAGUUUUCAAGUUUCGGAUGGUUCGAGUUCCGGGUCAACCAGAGCUAGCUUGGAAACAGGUGAAGAAGUCUAAAAAAUCCAAAGUCCGGGAGGGUUUGUGUGUCGGUGAUAUUUCACAAGGUAAAGAGUUGAUUCCUAUAUGUGCUGUGAACACAAUAGAUAAUGAGAAGCCACCAACAUUCAAGUACAUCACCCAAAUGAUAUAUCCGAAAAGCCUCACCCGUCCUGGUGGUUGCAACUGUAGAAAUGGGUGCACUGAGUCAGGUUCAUGCGCUUGUGUGGCGAAGAACGAUGAACAUAUUCCAUACAAUCAUAAUGGAGCAAUUGUUGAAGCGAAGGAUCUUGUCUAUGAGUGUGGCCCUUCAUGCAAAUGUCCACCUUCUUGCUACAACAGAGUCAGCCAGCAUGGAAUUAAAUUCCAGCUCGAGAUUUUCAAGACUCAUUCAAGGGGUUGGGGUGUUCGAUCCUUGAACUCGAUUUCUUCCGGAAGUUUCAUUUGUGAGUAUGUCGGAGAACUUCUUGAAGACAAUGAGGCCGAGCAAAGGACUAAUGAUGAGUAUCUGUUUGAUAUUGGAGGACAUGGUGAUGAAGAAGAUGUGCAGGACUCUAACUUCACAAUUGAUGCUGCAGAGUUUGGUAAUGUGGGGAGGUUCAUCAACCAUAGUUGCUCCCCAAAUCUUUAUGCCCAGAAUGUGCUGUAUGAUCAUGGGAAUCGGAAGUUUCCUCAUAUAAUGUUAUUUGCUGCUGAGAACAUUCCGCCUUUGAGAGAAUUGACUUACCACUAUAAUUAUCAGAUAGAUCAAGUUUAUGAUUCGUAUGGCAAUAUCAAGAGGAAGAAUUGCUACUGUGGUUCUGCAGAGUGCACAGGUCGGAUGUAUUAA